AUGCUUUAUGGUUUGAAGUUUGAAUGGUUUGAGAAUCUCAAGGUGGUGGAAGAGGGAAUGAAAGAUCUUUUCCCAGGUGGUACUCCAGUGAUCAAUGGCGAGAACUUGGGAAUGCUCGACUUAGUAGCAUUCUCGAUUCUGAGCUCCUGCAAAGCAGUUGAAGAAGCCAUUGGCAUGAAACUCUUGACCGCGAAAAGAAUCCACUUGCAUUCUCAUGGGUGA